CUAUCUCGGGUUAGUUACAAAUAUCUUUGACUUAACUGUCUUCCUCCUCUGUUGUCUAUAGUUGCUCCACAUAUCCUGCCCUCCUCUAGCUGCAUCAGAACUGCAGAUCAGAUCAACAAGUUCUUCCAGACCAGAGUCAUGGGAACCUCUCUCCCAAAGUGUAGGGGUGAUUGUCUGGAACGCCUGUCAAUCAGUUUACUAACACUGUCAUCAGGGAGCCAAUGGGCAGCACAGGCCUGAGAAGCUCCCUCACCACCCAUCAAUCACAGGAGGAAGACACACCCACUCUGGUCUGCCUCAGAACCAGCUCUGUAGGAUCUCAUUCACAAGAGGUCAACUUGACAAUCUUCAUCACUGCAAUAUUUGUUUCGACAUUAAUGACAGCACUGAUAUGUGCUUUACUGUUUCUCCUAAGGGUUUGGGAUCCUUGUUUUACAGUACUCAGAGGUCAAUACAAAUAUUACGACUGUGAAGUGGUGAUGAACCUAGUUCCGACCAGUAGUGAGAGGACACAGGAUCCUCCUGUGCCAGAAGAAGACAUAUACACCAACAGCAUGAUUCCAUGUCAGGCCAGGAGACAGGGACGCAAACAAGACCUAGAGGCCACCAAUCCGGGUCCCAAACCCCUGCCUUCCUCCAAAGCCAUCUCUGAGACAGACCGAACCAGCCUGCCCAGUCCCAUCGCUGACACUGCUACAGUUCCAGAAGAAAUCACUGCAAAGAAGGAUGGAGAUGGUUUGUUGUAUGCCAGUGUGAUUUGGGAGAAGAAGAAGUGGAUGAAGAAGGAGAACGAGCGGUCCAUGGACGGGGGAAAGGAGGCGUCUAGCGGUUCCUACCUGCAGGAAGAGAGGUGUGUGCUGGGAAAUGUAGGCAGACAGAAUGAGAAAGGUACUGGAGGUGGAUAACCUGCGUGUUCUCAAGUUUUUCAUGAAUUUACUGAAGGCCUAUUGUACUUUCACAAAGAUAUAUUGCUCUUAAUGAAAGUAUAACGCUGUUUUUUUUCACCACAAAACAAAUAAACACAUU